AUGUGGCGGACCGAGUUAGUCUUCCUUCAAUUCUCUCUGUUGAGCCUAGGCUUCGGCGCUCCAGAAAAUAGCACAAUCGUAAACGAAGGUCAAAUUUGGGAUGUAGUCAUAAAGACAUGUGAUAUCAAAGGAUCAGGAACAGAUGCUUCUGUUUAUCUGAAAAUAUUUUAUGAAGCGAAUCAUGAUUCGGAGACUUUUCUUCUAGAUAAUCCAGCCAGGAACGAUUUCGAAAAAGGAGCAACUGAUCAUUUCAAGUUAUUUUUCAAACAAAAUGAUAUCGUGAACAUGGGGCUGUUUUGGUGGCCAGGAUUCAGCUUCAGCCAAUCCUGGUGUGUCAAAUGGGUUUUAUUACUGAAUUCUAACGCUGAGACAUGUUAUGAGGGGAUCUUUGAUAAAUGGAUUUUACACUACCGUGAUCCACCUUCGUAUGCCUCCCAAUUUCAUCGUUUACGUUUUGCUGAUUGUGUUUAUCCGGCUCCACUUGGAACUCCUAGAAGAUCAUUUUUCCGUUAUAACGCUGAAUGA